AUGGACCGCACGCCCGCGGUCGACGCGGAGCUCGCGCGGCUCCUCUCCAUCGCGGACGCGCGAGACGUCGCGGCGUCGGACGCGGAGACGUCGGCAUCGGGCGCGGACGGCGACGGCGCGCUCUACCUGCGCGAGGUGGCGAAUCGCGCGCGCGCCGCGCACGACGCGGUCCGCGCGCUCGUGGAGUCCGCGCCGUCGUCGUCGUCGAAGCCGCGGGGCCCGCUCGCCAUCCCGCGCGUGCGCUGCGAGACGCUGUCGCUCGCGCGAUUCCGCCGCGACUUCGUGAUCCCGCAGCGACCCGUCAUCAUCGUCGGGCUCGGUCCGCACCUCACGUCGGACGGCGCGAAUGCGAGCGACCUGCGUUGGCUGCGAAAACACGGCGCGUCGAAGAAGGUCGCGGUCUCCGUGGACAACGCACACGUCGCGUCGACGCUGUCGUGCGGCGGCGUGGAGAUCGUAAACCUCGGCGAUCACCUCGACGUGGUCUCGGCGCUGGACGAGGAUCCGCCCGUGAACGAGCGCGACGCGCGGUUCGGGAAGAGGAGAGGCGACGGAUCGUAUCUGUACGACUGCGCCAUCCCGCUGAAGCUGCCGUCGCUGUCGCACGGCGUGCGCGUGCCUCGGUACUUCGCGCACGACUUUUUGCAGCGCACGCGGAUGACGCACGCGUUCAGCGCGUCGUGGCCGAGCCUGUUCGUCGCCGCGCCGCACACGCGGAGCUCGCUCCACGUGGAUCAGUGGAAGGGGAACUUUUGGAUGGCCAUGGUCAAGGGCACGAAGCGGUGGACGCUGUUUCACCGGGAGGACAUUCCGUUCUUGUCCCCGGACUACGGGAGAGGGACGUUGGACCCGGGAUUUCCGAGCUUGGUCGAGCUCGACGCGUCGCGGGUUUCGGCGGCGAACGCGGCGACGACGACGACGCGCCGCGGCGACGGGAUCGGGGAUUCGCAAAAACUCGACGCGGACGCGGCGGCGUCGAGCGCGCGAGAGACGGAAACCACACAUGAAACGCCCGCGUCUCAUCCGUUUCUGGAGUACGCGCGAAGGUGGGACUGCGACCUCGGACCCGGAGAAGUGUUAUUCGUCCCCGGCGGGUGGCCGCACCACGUCCACAACCUAUGCGUCACGGUGUCGUUCGCGGGGAACUUCGUGGACGAGGUGCGUUCUAUACACUGGUCCCCAUACGACCGCGUUGGCGUGGUGAACGCCAGCAAUCUCGACGACGCGCUCUUCGACAUGAAACUUCUCGGGAACAAGUACGGGCCGCAGAUGAUGGCGACGCACGACGCGCUCGACGAGGUGUGGUUCGAUCCGGAGGAUGAAACGCUCGUUGAGGAGACGUUAGAAGCGAAGCAGCUCGUCGUGCGCGUGGAGGAUUACCGCGGCGGCGUCGCGAGUCGGUGGGGGAAGGACGACUGGGACGGGGCGACGUCAGACGACGACGACGACGACGACGACGGCGGCGGCGGCGGCGGCGGCGACGGCGGCUGA